AUGGCGACAACAUCUAUUAUUACAACUACUUCAGUGCAACAAACAAUUAUCGACAACAUAGUUAGCACCAUGUCUGAACACGACAAAAAAAUGUUCCACAAUCCUCCGUAUAAUUACUCCUAUCUAUGGAUAAGCUUCUUGCACCCGCCAAAAGAGCGCGAUAUUUCUAAAGAAUGCGGUGCUGAAUGGAAAUCGCAGCCUAGUAAAGUCAAGAAAUACUUUGAUCUGCUACAAAGAAUCGCUUUUAAGAAACAUAAAAUCAUGUAUCCCAAUUAUAAAUAUAGUUCCAAAGAAAAAAGAAUCUUCUCGAAUCCUUCUUUUAUCGAUGUUUCUUCAUCCUCUUCUAAUUCGGCCACAAUGAAUUUGGCCGAGUCUAGUACUAUUUUUGAUUUUAGUUUACUGCAACCGUCUCAGUAUACUCCGAUUGACAUCAGACAAUUGGAUUUUUAUUUAAAUAGACUUAUGCCCUUUAUAACUACUGCAUCUUCUCUUACUCAAGAUCCAAUAAAUAUACCAGAAGAUUUCUCCUUAGCAUCUUUAUCUUCACUUUCAUCUUCAAAUGAACUGAAUACCGACUACAAUAAUUUCGUUGAUGUACUUGGAAGUACAUGUACCACAAACAACAAUACAUUUAACGAGAUCUCAUUGGAUCAAUUAGAUGUUUCUCAAACCAAUAAUCCAUUGAAUUGUGCUGAACAUGAUUAUCUAUUCGUUGAAACUAAUAGCAAGGAAAUAAUCGAUGACUGUAUUAAUAUAACUCAGAUAGACGAAUUC